AUGCAGCCUACAGCCAAUUCGUACUUGAAUCUAGAAAGAUUCUGUCUUUGCUUUCGCCCUAAACGGGAACUCGAAAGAAUCCGAUCCAAUAUCAGCAAAGUGCAGAGACCUUGAAGCAGCAGAGAUCUUCUCUUCGUAGGGCUUUUGAUUCUCUCAGUGUUUCCUUUCGCUGAAUUCAUCGACUUGGACAAAGCUAUAAAUUAUAGAAGUCCAACAUUCGUCUGCUUCUAAUCCGUGCUAAGGACUGACAGAUUAUUUCUGAUAAAUAGAAAUAUACGAGCAAAUAGUAGGAUACGGGCAUAAGCCGGCAAAGGAUGGCAGAAUUUGCAGAUCUUGAGUCUCAAGAUGGCGUUAGAAUGACUUGGAAUGUGUUUCCUGGCACGAAACAGGAAGCAACGAGCUGUGUUAUCCCUACAGCCUGCAUCUACACCCCACUGAAGCCCGUCCCAAAUGUCCCCGUCCUUCCCUAUGGUCCGCUUCGUUGCAGAAUCUGCCGUUCUAUUCUCAACCCGUUCUCCGUUGUGGACUACGUUGCAAAUAUUUGGAUUUGCCCGUUUUGCUAUCAAAGAAACCAUUUUCCGCAGCACUAUUCGUCUAUCUCGAGGGCAACCUCCUGCUCUGAACUAUACUCUCAGUACACUACCGAUAGAGUAGAGUCGUCCCCAGACACGGGCCCAACCGUGCCCCCAGUGUUCCUCUUCGUGCUUGACACCUGUAUCAUUGAGGAGGAGCUCGGGUACUUGAAGUCUGCAUUGGCCCAGGCUAUCGAGUUGCUUCCCGAAAAGUCCCUUGUUGGGUUAAUAACCUUCGGAACUUAUGUGCAGGUUCAUGAGUUAGGAUUUGGGCAAAUGCCAAAAUCAUAUGUAUUCAAGGGUUCAAAAGAGAUCACAAAGGAUCAAAUUCUGGAGCAAAUGAAUUUCUUUGUGCAGAAACCAAGGCCGCCUGUUGGAGUAAUUGCUGGGACUAGGGAUGGUCUAUCAGCAGAGAGUAUUGCUAGGUUCCUGUUACCUGCAUCUGAGUGCGAGUUUGUCCUAAUUUCAUUUCUGGAGGAACUUCAAAAAGAUCCUUGGCCUGUCCCAGCAGAUGAGCGUGCAUCACGAUGCACCAGCACAGCAUUAAGCAUAGCAGCUAGUUUAUUAGGAGUUUGUGUACCUGGUUCUGGGGCAAGGAUUAUGGCCUUCAUCGGUGGUCCAUCAACGGAAGGUGCUGGCUCUAUUGUAUCCAAGAAUUUAUCCGAGCCUAUUCGUUCUCACAAGGACUUAGAUAAAGGCUCGGCCUCUCUUUACAGUAAAGCUGUCAAGUUCUAUGAGGGGCUCUCGAAACAGCUUGUACAUCAAGGACAUGUGCUUGAUCUGUUUGCAUGUGCGCUUGACCAGGUUGGAUUGUCAGAACUAAAAGUUGCAGUUGAAAGAAGUGGUGGAAUUGUUGUGCUUGCGGAGAGUUUUGGUCAUUCUGUUUUCAAGGAUUCAUUUAGGCGCAUUUUCCAGUCUAGCGAUUAUGACCUUGGCUUGUCAUUCAAUGGUAUCUUUGAGGUUAAUUGCUCAAAAGAUGUUAAAGUUCAAGGCAUUAUUGGUCCUUGUGCUUCUCUCGAGAAGAAAGGCCCUUUGUGCUCCGAAACAGUAGUAGGUCAGGGGAAAACAUGUGCAUGGAAGAUGUGUGGUCUUGACAAGAAAACAUCUCUGUGUAUAAUGUUUGAGAUAGCAAAGAAAGAUGAUCCAGAUGCAAUUGGUCAACCUGCUAGCAAUCAGUUCUAUUUCCAAUUUUUGACAUAUUAUCAGCACAAUGAUGGGAAUAUGAGGAUACGUGCAACUACUCUUUGUAGAAAAUGGGUAGCUGGACCCGGUAGCAUUCAGGAUUUGCUGGAUGGAUUUGAUCAAGAAGCUGCUGCUGCAGUUAUGGCACGCCUGGUUUCAUUUAACAUGGAAUCUGAGGCUGAUUUUGACCCAAUUAGAUGGCUUGAUCGGUCGUUGAUUCGAGUAUGUUCUAAAUUUGGAGAUUAUCAGAAAGACAACCCAUCUUCGUUCAGCUUAUCACCUCGGCUUUCAAUAUUUCCUCAAUUCAUUUUCCAUCUUAGGCGAUCUCAGUUUGUCCAGGUCUCUAAUAACAGUCCAGAUGAGACUGCCUAUUAUAGAAUGAUGUUGAACAGAGAGAAUGUGGCUAACUCAGUCGUGAUGAUCCAACCUUUACUCAUAUCCUAUUCCUUACAGUCAGCGCCGGAGCCAGUUCUUUUGGAUGUUACUGCAAUUGCUGCUGAUAGGAUACUGCUUUUGGAUUCUUAUUUUACGGUAGUUGUUUUUCAUGGAUUAACAAUUGCACAAUGGAGAAACCAUGGCUACCAAAAUGAAGCUGAGCACCAGGCUUUUGCUCAGUUUCUGCAAGCCCCUAGAGAUGAUGCUGAUGUCAUAAUUAAGGAACGAUUUCCAGUUCCUCGUUUAGUCAUUUGUGAUCAAUAUGGUUCUCAGGCACGUUUUCUUCUGGCAAAAUUGAACCCUUCAGUUACUUACAACUCUGACUAUCCUCCACCUGGAGGAGACAUCAUUUUCACUGAUGAUGUUAGCUUCCAUGUGUUCCUCGAUCAUCUUCAGAGAUUGGCGGUUCAAUAAUAUAAAAAAUAUAAAAGGUUUGUGACAUUUCCUAUGUGAACUUCGCAACAGCAUAGCUCUCUCAUUCUUCAGGAUCAUGUACAGUCUGCAAUCUGCAUAAAUUCAAUUUCCUUUCCACUUAGAUAGCAGAUAUUUGAACUUCUCUUUGUAUUUGUUACUUCAUAUGGGGCAGAAAUGUACCCACAUAAUCCUUGGUGCACUUGGACAUUGAGAUAUUAGAACUGUAUAAUUCCAAUCUAAAUAGUUUGGAAAGCUUUUUCAUUUUGUAUAAAAGGUAUGCAGAAAUAGAAGAGAAAUGUAGGCUUGCAUUGGCAUUUACAGAAUCAUUGGUGCUGUCUGUUGGCACAUGCGUGUCUUCCUUGAGUAAAAGUUUUCCUGUCA